AUGGGCGAAUACGUGGAGACGAAAUCGACUCUGCAAAUUCUGAAAGAUACAAUCACCAACCCGAAGGUUCUUUUCUGUAGCCUGAUGUAUUUCGGCACCGCCGUCACCGGCAGUUCGUCUUCGUUCUUCCUACCUAGUAUCCUAGAGCAGCUGGGCUGGACUUCCCUCAAGGCUCAGUAUAUGAGCAUUCUAAUCUGGCUAGUUGGAUGGGCGUUUUCCAUCGUGAACGGAUUCGUGUCGGACAAGGUGCAGCGACGCUGGCUUUUUUUCUGCGUACCUCUGUGCUUUUCCGUCAUCGGCUAUGCGCUGCUCAUCGCACAAAGUCAUAUCGCAGUGAGCAUACGCUACAUGGCAUUGUUCUUCGCCGUGGGCGACUGCUUCGCGGCCAUCGCCCUAUCCUUGACCUGGAUGAACAACAACAUACUAGGGAGCAAAAAGCGCGGUAUCGUCUCUGCGGCCAUUCUCGCCCUGGGAAACUGUGGAAGCGUGCUGGGCAGCAACAUCUACCUAUCCUUCGAAGCACCAGGCUAUCUGACUGGGUUCUCCGUCUCUCUUAGCGCGAUCAUCCCCGCGCAAGUCUCGGCUAUUGUCUAG